AUGUCUCUCCUCAUCCUCUCCUUCCACUCUACCUCUGUAGUCACCGCAAGCCCAUUGAACACAAAUAACCUAUAUGUCAUCCUCGGAUCGACUCCCUCGCCCAUCCCGCGCAGGCGUACAUCAUGCAGCGCUGCUGAGACUGAAAACGUGCCGAGUAUACCCAUCGGGCGCCAGAAUAACCUACUGUUCGGGCCCCCAUCGCGCACCUGCUUCCAGCCCCAGUUCCACCCAACGCCCAAGCGCCCGCAUCGCCAUACCCAAAACCACACCUAUGUUCGCCCACGUCAGCGCCUACUCCUCCUCCGCGCUGCCCAAGUCAAGCAAAUCAUCCACAAGAGCGACGAGCGGCCCGCCCGCCAAAGGCGCAUACUCGAUCAUACCCGGGACGUUGCUCAGCUCGCGAACGGCGUUUUCCUCUCCCUCUCUCUCUGCCUCUCCCCACCGACCACGCUCCUCCCAUCCCGAUCCCGGUUCCAUAGCCCGGCGACCCUCCCAAUCCUCUCGCUCGCCCACGCGUCAAACGCCUCGUCAAAUGCCCCUCCGCCAGACGACGUUCACCUCGCCGAGCUUUUUCGCCUGUGCAGCGAGCGGAGGAGCCUCUGCAUCGUGAGCACUUCCAUCUCCGAGGACGAAGACAGGAGCACGGGGUUGUGCUGGCCGAGGUCAGAGGGUGCUGAGGAGAGGCACGCCGAGCGCGGGCACGGAAAGGGCGCAGGCGAGAAAGGCGCGAAAGGCAGAGGCGGAUGA